GAGCCAUAGUCCAGCAACAGUCCAACAGGACCAUCCAGCGCCAAAAACCAGCACAAACAACAAUAACAAAAUCAAGCAAACAGUCGCCGAUCAGUAGUCAAACUGAACAGGAAAAUGAGACACAAGCAAUACAUCACAGACGACCCCAACAGUUCAACAAAGGCACCCAAGGCAAAAAACUUCUCAGCCAAAGCAAAACACAUGAGCACAUCAAGAAGAGAGACAUGCCUCACCCUUAA